AUGGCGGCGCCCGACGAGCUGUUCGUGUGGGAAGGAGACUGGGGGCUGCCGUCCGUCAACAGCGACUGUUUGAUGCUUCUGGCGUACGCCCAGUUUUCCGGCGCUCCUCUCAAAGUUCGCAAGGUGUGCAACCCGUGGAGAUCUCCGGGAGGUUCCCUCCCCGCCAUGCGGACCGCGGACAAGGAGGCGCUAUUGCAACCUUCUGAUAUCAUCAUUCACCUCCGAAAACAGAAGUACAAUGCGGACUAUGACCUGUCGGCCGACGAGGCCGCGGACAGCUUGGCUUUCGUCGCCCUGGUCCAACAGAAGCUCACGCCCGCCGUGAUUUACGCUCUGUGGGUGGAGCCCAAGAAUUUCGUGGAGGUGACCCGGCGCUGGUACGCCGAGCGCACGUGUUUCCCCUUCAGCCUGUUCCUGCCGGGGCGAAUGCAGCGACACCAGCUGGACAAACUGCGCCUGCUGCGGGGCGACGCCAGCCUGGAGGCCAGCGAGGAGCUGGAGAAGGAGUUGUACGGCGAGGCGACCGACUGCAUGGACCUGCUCUCCCAACGACUGGGAAAGCAAAAGUUCUUCUUCGGCGACUCGCCCUCGUCGUUAGACGCGGUGGUGUUCGGCUGGCUGGCGCCCAUCCUCAAGUGCAAACUGCCCGGCGGCAAGCUGCAGCGCCACCUCAAGUCUUUGGACAACCUGCACGCCUUCUGCUCCAACAUUCUGCUGAUUUACUUCCCCCAAAAUGGCGGGACCGGAGACGUCCGUCCCGCCGAGACCGGCGAACUGGCCCCCGAGCGGCACGGCAAGCAGGUCCUGUCGGCGCUGGUGGCGCUGGCCGCCAUGCUGUCCUACGCCGCGCUCACCGGCCUGUUGUCCGUCCGCCACGGAGCGGCGCCGGAGCGACGGCGGCGCCGCGACAACGACGAUGACGAAGACUAA